AUGAUUAAACAAGAAUUAUCGAAGAAAAGAAAAUUCGGGAUUAAGAAUCACUUACAACACUUCCUGAAGAGGAAAGGCCUCAAGACCUCAACUCGGAUGCUCAGUCACGCAAUAGCAGUACCGGCUAAUUCAGAUGGUAGUAUAUUACCUCCAGAAGGCAAAAUAUGUAGCGAAACCAAUUCAAAGUGCAAGAAAAGUGUAGGCAAGCUUAAGCAAGAAUUAUUUACCCCUGAGUUGUCUUCACAAGAACCAUCAAUAAAACAAUAUCAUACGACCGAAAUUCCCGAGACAUCAUGUCUUGUAAAAGUUACUUCUGGUGACAAUUCUAGCAUUGAUGAGGCCUCACAUCAUCUAGCUCAGUUAUGUGAUAAAGCUUUUGAUGCUGAAGAUAAAGCGAAUAGAGCUAAUCAGAAGGAAAUUUUAUGCUGGUCCCUCUAUGCGAAGGAUUUAAGAAUUCAGCUCAACGGGAUUGUAGAAAAUAG